CAACUUUAGCCUCUCAUAUAAAACCCGAAGCAGGUUCGGGAAGAACCCUAGUUUCUGUUCUCCCUCUUUCACCGCAGUGUUAGGGUUUCUGAAGCCUCCAACCAGAAAGAGAGGGAAAUGGCUCCCAAACAUCCUAGUACGGGUUUGUUUGUUGGAUUGAACAAGGGUCACGUUGUCACCAAGAAGGAGUUGCCUCCACGCCCUUCAGAUCGUAAGGGGAAAACAAGCAAGCGAGUGCACUUUGUGAGGAACCUCAUUCGAGAGGUUGCCGGCUUUGCACCUUAUGAAAAGCGAAUAACUGAGUUGCUCAAGGUUGGAAAAGAUAAGAGGGCACUGAAAGUUGCCAAGAGAAAGCUUGGAACCCAUAAGCGCGCAAAGAAGAAGAGAGAGGAGAUGUCCAAUGUUCUCCGGAAGAUGAGGGCUGGUGGAGCUGGAGACAAGAAGAAAUAAGUCUUGUUUACUUUUUCUAGUUUCACUAGACUGUUUCGAUGUACGAGUUGUCUUAUUUUUGUUUUAGUUCAAGAUUUUGCUUUGAGAAAUAUGUUUUACCUAAUCGAGACAUGAUUUACUGAAAAAGUACAAUUGGCUUAUUUUCGACAUGCAUUCCAAAUUGAUGUUUUAUUGUUACAUAUUGAAAAAUGUUGUAAGCCUGUCUCAGGAGGUUUAUCAUA